AGGUUUAGACAGCAGGACACACUUUCAGCUGAACUGUCAACAUUGCAGCAUUAUCUGCUUAACUACCUAAAUUCUCAGAAGAACACUUUACUAUUGUCAUUAUCAUUUAACUAAAGGACAGGGCAACAUGUCUGAUGAAGAGGAUGACUAUAUGUCUGAUGCUUUUCUUAAUCAAAUACCUGAAGUAAGACCAGGUGUGCCGAUGGUAAAACGGGUCAAAGAUGCAAUUAAAAAAGAAGCUAUGAUUAAAGAGAAGAAUCAACAGAAUCGACAGAAAACCUACAAGGAGCAAGAACGAGAGAGUCGUGACACAGUCCUGCAGAGUUCCAUCAGUAAUGAAAACAAAGGAUUUGCACUGCUGCAGAAAAUGGGUUACAAAGCAGGCCAGGGACUUGGUAAACAAGGAGCUGGGAGAGUUGAACCCAUUCCGCUGAACAUUAAAACAGACAGAGGGGGUAUCGGGAUGGAGGAAGCAAAGAAAAGAAAGGCAGAAGAGGAGCUCAGACAUUACCGGCACAAGGUUCGAGUUCAGCAGCAGACGGAGAAGCAGUCUCUGGAAGACUUCAGGGUGAGAAAGAGAACAGAGAGAGAGGAACGCCAGACGGAGAGUGACCUGAGAAGGAGCCAACGGGCCUGUGAACAACUGGACAACCAGAAGGGUAUAACUACUCCACGGGAUUGCUGGUAUUGGCCAGAAAAAGAGAAAGAAGCAGAGGAGGAUGAGGAGGAUGAUGAAGAAGAUAAGGAAGAGAAAGACGAGGAGGAGGCUGAGGAGGAGGAGGAAGAGGGGUUAACAGCUUUAGAUAAGCUCCAGUUCUUAACAUCUUACCUGAGGGAUGUGCAUUUUUACUGCAUAUGGUGUGGGACAACUUAUAAUGAUGAGGAAGAUCUGAAUUCAAACUGUCCUGGAGACACAGCCGCAGACCACGAUGACUGAUACUGCCACCAUUUCUACUCUGUGUAUUUGGUCAUUGUAAAGAUCACAGUAUUUGUUUUAUUUUGUAUUUUUAUUAGGCUUCAAAAAUUAUGAAGAAAAAGGAAAUAGUUUUAUUUGUUUUUGUCAUUUUGUCGUUUCAUACAGUAUGUUGAUAUAUUAAAAGCAAUAU